AUGAGCUUCAUCUCUCGUCUGUUCGGACAAGACGAAUCUCACCAGCAAGCGCAGUUCUCACUCCCGGCGGCACACGAUGCUGCGCCCAUCCACAUCCCACAGAGUCUCGACGGCACACGACAGAAUACAUCAGCGUCACCGAAGGCAAUGAGUCAAGAUGCGGAAGAAGAUAUUGAAUUGAAGAGGCCGCCAUACCUUCAUGCCAUGUUCGCUGGAGGCAUCGGCGGUACGAGCGGCGACAUACUUAUGCAUUCACUUGACACAGUGAAGACGCGACAGCAAGGAGACCCUCACUUUCCUCCCAAAUACACCAGCCUUUCAGACUCGUAUGCGAAAAUCUUUCGUCAAGAAGGUGUUCGACGGGGGCUAUAUGGAGGCUUCACAGCCGCGAUGCUAGGCUCAUUCCCGGGCACGGUGGCUUUCUUCGGCACAUACGAGUAUACGAAGCGGCAGAUGCUGAAUCGGGGUGUAAAUCCCAGUCUCACGUUUCUCAGUGCCGGCUUCAUCGCCGACUUCGCAGCCUCAGUGAUCUAUGUGCCCUCCGAAGUUCUCAAGACACGGCUGCAAUUGCAAGGCCGCUACAACAAUCCUUUCUUCUACUCCGGCUACAACUACCGUUCGACCUGGGAUGCAGCACGCACAAUCGUUCGUACAGAAGGAUUCACCGCCCUGUACUCCGGCUACAAAGCAACCAUAGUUCGCGAUCUCCCAUUUUCAGCAUUGCAGUUCGCCUUCUACGAGCAAGAGCGGGCAUAUGCAAUGCGGUGGUCUGGAUCGACAGACCUGCCAUUGUGGGUCGAGAUGGUAACAGCACUCUCUGCAGGAGGUGCAGCGGGAGUGCUGACAUGUCCGCUGGAUGUGGUUAAGACGAGAACGCAAACACAGAUCAAUCCAGACGAUCACGCGAAGAGCAGCCAAGCCAGUCACAUGGAGAAGCGGGCCGCAAAGAAGGGCAAGAACACAAGCAGUAGCACACAGACAAGGCUACUGCACUCGAGUCCGCGCACAGUACCGACGACGGCACCAACGCUCGACACUUCGUCAGUCAUACAAGGUUUACGACUGAUCUAUAAGACGGAGGGACUUGCAGGCUGGUUCCGAGGCGUGGGGCCGAGGUUUGUGUGGACCGGUGUUCAGACAACUACAAUGUUGGUCGCCUACCAGUACUUGUUGAAGUACUUCGAUUCAAUACAGCCAUCGGAUGGUGAGAUGAUCUGA